AUGCCCUCCAGAAACCCGUCCACCUGGGACGAAUACGAACGGGGCGCCUCCCCCCAGCGCUCCGUGAGUAUCGACUCCAAUGCCGUGGCUGAGGACCAGUCACUCCUGGGAGAAGACGACGAGGGUGGCUACGGCAGCAGUUCUCAUGGACUUCGUCGCAGAAGGUCUUCAGUAACGCGGCACCUCGCCGCCAUCACAGAUAUCGGCGGCGUCAACAGCAUCCGUUCCUUUACGCGCAGUUGGGCGCGUGCGGCCGGCUUUGCAGAGGUCAUUCCCCAACGGCCGUCCUUUAUUUUCGCGCCUGACCAGGCCCCGAUCGCCUCGACCGAAGGCCUCGACUAUUCUCGCAGCCAUGUCGAGUCCGGCUCCCACCCGAGGACCUCGCUGCUGAGGCAGCACCUCGAGGCCACCCCCGAGGCGGCACCGAGCACGUCGCACCAGAAUGGCUCCUCCGCCUCCGGCGCGGACGGCGCCUCCACGCAGAACGAUUUCCGCGACCGCGAGCGCAAGGCAGUCGAGGCGGAGCUGUCUGGAGCCUUCCAGGGUUCCAGCUUUGGUAGCGGUCGCCGACCAUCGCAGUCCAUCUUUGCGGUCCCGCCUCACCUGGCGACUCCGCCGUUGGUUGGAAGUUUCAGCUCGUACAGGACGUACGGCACCAUAUCAGAUGUUGACGAGCCGUCAAUGGCGCAGGCCGGCGAGCUUUGGCGCCAACAGCAAGAGGCAGGGGGCAAUGUGCCUGAUGGGGAGAACAUGCCCAUUCUCGUGAAGGAGGUCGAACAGGACGGAAAGAUUGUUCUGGCUGUGGAGGGACAGUCCACGCUACCCCAAACCAUCUUUAACUCGAUCAAUGUCCUGAUCGGUGUUGGUCUGUUGAGUUUGCCUAUGGGUAUCAAGUACGCAGGCUGGAUUUGUGGCAUGAUCGUCUUGGCGGGCUCUGCGGCUGUGACCGCAUAUACGGCGAAGCUCCUGGCCAAGUGCAUGGAUCUCGAUGCCAGCUUGAUCACGUUCUCCGAUCUGGCCUACAUCUCCUACGGUCGUAAUGCGCGUAUUGCCACCAGUAUUCUCUUCACCCUCGAAUUGCUGGCUGCCUGCGUGGCUUUGAUUGUCCUGUUCGCCGAUUCCCUGACACUGUUGUUCCCGGGUUUCCUGAGCGUCAACAUGUGGAAGCUCCUGUGCUCUAUUAUCAUGAUCCCCCUCAACUUUCUCCCGCUACGACUAUUGAGUUUUACCAGUGUCAUUGGCAUCGUGUGUUGUUUUAGCAUUGUCCUGAUUUUGGUGGUUGAUGGACUCAUCAAGCCCACAACUCCGGGCUCCCUCAUCGAGCCGGCCACGACCUACCUGUUCCCAGCGAACUGGGGUACACUACCCCUGAGUUUUGGUCUAUUGAUGAGCCCGUGGGGUGGCCACAGUGUAUUCCCCAAUAUUUACAGGGACAUGCGCCAUCCUCACAAGUACCCUCGGGCUAUCAAGACGGUCUUUGCGUCCGUCUACCUCCUGGACGCCUUCACGGCUGUGGUUGGUUUGCUGAUGUACGGCGACGGUGUCAUGGAUGAGAUCACCGCCAACAUCCUCCAGACGAGUGGUUAUCCCCGUGCCCUCAACUUUCUGCUUUGCAUCUUCAUAGCCAUCAUCCCCCUCACCAAGAUUCCGCUUAACGCCCGUCCUAUUGUUGCCACUUUGGAAGUCUUGACGGGCAUCCACCAGCAGGCUGUGGCCGACAGCUCGGCCAUGGUCGGCCGCUCUGCGACCUUCCGCGGCAUCAUGAAGAUCGCCAUCCGUGUGAUCACCGUCCUGGUGUUCCUCGUCAUCUCCAUCUUGUUCCCAGCGUUUGACAGCAUCAUGGCCUUUAUGGGAAGCGCCCUAUGCUUCACAAUUUGUGUGCUUUUGCCCCUUGCGUUCUACGUGAAGCUCUUCAGCAAGGAAAUUUCGCCUCAAGAGAGGCUGCUUUGCUACGUCCUGAUGACCAUCUCCACGAUCCUCUCCGUCGUUGGCACGGUCUGGGCCUUUUUGCCCAAGAGCCUCAUCGGUGCGGAAUAG